ACAAAGUGAUAAAUCAACUUGGUGAAGAUGUAGGUCUUUAGUCUUCAUUUGGAGAUCAGUAACUUAGCUGUUUUGGAAAGCCAGAGGCAUUCAUUCCACAGAGAGGUGUCUGGAUUCAUGCCCUCCUUGUACCCUCCUUGAGAUAUGGUGUAGCAGUGCUAGAGGCUCAGAAGAAGGGAUACAUGCUUUAAGGCACAAGUGUGAACACUGAGUUGUAUUAAAUUGAAAGAGGGUGUAAGACGAGCCUCAGAGCUGAGCAGAAGUUUACUGGAGAGGAAUAAGAGUGGACGACAGUGGACAGCUUUAGUGACCCACCGAAUGACGGGAACAGCAUGUCAGGCUUCCUGCUCCUCCUCAUCCUCAGCGAGGUCCUACUCCCCAACCUCACCUGUGCAUACAGAGUGCGCAGGCAGACCACAAAGGUCCGGAUCAGUGCUAUAGGAGACACCAUCACGCUGAAGUUCCUGCAGCCCGACACCGACACUAGACUGGAGGGCUACAUCCUGGGCUAUGGCAGCAGCUUGUUCUCCAAACAGUUAAUCCAGCUCCCUGAUGACGGGGAACCGUAUGAAGCUGAAAUUGAUGCUGAGCCAAAAUAUCUAGUUGUAGUACAGCCAGUCAAAGGAGAAGAGAGGAGGAAACAAUGCACAGGGAAGGAAAGUCUGGAAAAGCCUCUGCAUCUGGUGAUUGGCUCUGUGACCGAGACAUCAGUAAUGCUGUCUUGGGGCACGCUGUUAAAUACCCUUUCCACUGAAACCAACCCUGAUGACUGCAUUGAGGAUGGUCAGUACACCGUGCGCUACAGAGAGAAGGAGCCCAAAAAGACCUGGAACUUUCAGACUUGUCCCACCAGGGAUACAGUCAUUGACCAACUCAAACCAGAAACACCAUAUGAGUUCGGGGUCCGAGCAGAAUCUCGCAAUAUCACUGGAGCCUGGAGCCCUCCAGUAAUUCACAACACAGCUGCAAAAGAUACAGAUAUUUAUACCCCACUGAAGCCUGAGAACAUUCUGAAGCCUAAGAAGCCCAUCACUGAAAGCCCUCCAACUUUCUCCCCCUUAGUGUCUGUCUCUCAGAGCAAACCAGCUUCCCUUCUCAAACACCCUGAACCUCCUCCUACACAGAGGGCAACUCUGGCAAAAGAUGUAGUCAUUCCUAAACCACUGAAGCCUGAGAACCCUCUGAGGCCUAAGAUAAAUCUGUCAAAUGCAAAGCCCGUCACUGAAAUACCUCAAACGUUCUCUCCAUCAGUGCCUGUUCUGCACAGUGUGACUCAGAGCAGAUCAGCUUCCCUCCUCAGUCCCUCAGAACCUCCUCCUACACAGAGCGUAACUCAAGACAUUCAUAAACCUCUGAAGCCUGAGAUCUAUUUGAGCCCUGAUAAGCCCAUAACUGAAAGCCCUCAAACUUUCUCCAAAUCAUUGCCUGUUGUGACUCAGAGCAGACCGACCUCUGUCCUCAGACAACCAGGACCUUCGCCUACGCAGAGGGUAAUGCAAGUUUUGCCCAAUGUGACUGAGCACAGACCAUCGCUCCUCCUCAGACACACAGCACCUCCUCCGAUUCCAAGGGUAACUCUGGGAGCAGGAAGCGAUGGCAUAAGAACUUCACGUCCUUCUGAAGAUUCAUUGUUCUUGACCCAGAACUUUACCUCAUCUUACACAUCAAUGAUUAAUACAGGAAACACAAAUAUUCUUAAAACUAACCAUUCUACUGAAUCAUCUCUUUUAAUUACAACCCUCCAAUCACUUCAUUCAACCCAAACCCAACUGAUCAUAAGUAAAACUCUAUUCAACACUCCCAAAUCACAGACCGAGAGAAUCAAGACUAUAUCUAGCACAGUCAAAGCAAAACUCAAUGCAACCAAAAAGAUAAAGACCCAACAUCACAACAAAAUUCAUUCCCAACCCGAGGCCAGCACAACAAAAUUCAGCACAACUACCAAGAACACACAUAAAAUGGACAAAUACUCGAUUAGUACAGUCCGCCCCAAGACCAGGUCACCACAAUCCUAUACAAUUCAGCCUAAAACAAGUAUAAAUCAGUCCCAACACAACACAGCCAAAGACCAACUCGAAAUUACUCAAAACAAGUUUACAACACUUGAACCCAUCACAUCUCAAUCCCAAUUGGAUAUAACUCAUCCUAAAGCCAUUGCAAGCCAAUCCCCACCCCACACAAUUCUAUCCCAAUUUAUUACAACCCAAUCCCAAAAAACUGAUCCCAAACCCACUGCAAACCAAUCUCCACCCCAAUCUAUUACAACCCAAUCCCAAUCCCAUAAAACUGAUCCCAAAUCCACUGCAACCCAAUCUCCACCCCAAACAAUCCAACCCCAAUCUAAUACAACCCAAUCCCAAUCCCAUAAAACUGAUCCCAAAUCCACUGCAACCCAAUCUCCACCCCAAACAAUCCAACCCCAAUCUAUUACAACCCAAUCCCAAUCCCAUAAAACUGAUCCCAAACCCACUGCAACCCAAUCUCCAUCCCACACAACUAAACCCCAAACUAACACAGUAAAAGACUACCCAAAAACAGGCCAACCGCAACCCAUGACAAUCUUGUCUCAACCCCUCUCAGCCCAAACCCAAUCUAUUGCAAUCUCAGCCCAUCCUCGAUCACUACUCAAUGCAACUCAAAUCCCAAAUAGCACAUUAAUACACUACCCAGGAACAACAACUCAAACUCAGGCCCCAAAAACACAAGUUCAGCCCCACCCAAUACAACCUCAACCUGACAGAAUCCUACCCAAAUACAAGAAAACCCAUUUCAUUACAACUGAAAACACAACAAAAUCCCAAACAAAAACAAUGCGACCCAGACUGACCACAACCCAAACCAAACCAAAAAAAAAAAAACAAAAGUCCAGACCACACCUAUCCCGCACAACUCAACCCCAACCAACCACAACCCAAUCUAGUACAGCUAAAUCACAAGCUAAUGUCAGGUCCCAUCAUCAACACAAUUAUAUAAUCAACCCAAAGUCUACUCAUGAACCAAAUAUGCACCAUCAGUUUAGCACAACGUUAGAAACAACAACAACAUUAAGCACUGAAUUUCCACAACCUGACCAUCACCCAACAAGUGCUACAAGAAAACUUUGUAACACCAACACAUGCAAAAACGGUAAAACUGAGCCUAUCCUCAGGGGUAAGCCAAAGCAACCUGUACAAACACCUUCAGAAAAAUCUAACACACAAAACUUUCCUCGGGGUGAAAAGAAGCCGGUCAACAAGAAGGUCCCAGUCAGCAAAAUGGCUCCGAGCCAAUCACUGGAUGGACACCAUACAAAGCCUGUUCUUGCCAGUGGGGCAACGAAUAGGAACCAGGGCCAAGAUCUGUCUUCACCUUUGACUUCUGUGCCAAGCACCUCGGCGCCUGCAGUUACGAAGCGAGUCUCUCUGGUAUCUGUUCCUAAUCCAAUAAGGUCGCCGCCUACCUACUCAAACACCUCGGUCAGGAAUCCACAGGCAUCCCAUGAUGAGAAACAUAAGGGGAGGUUAUAUCACAAACGUCACAAGUGGAAUAAAAAAAAGACUGAAUCAAAUGAAAUCAAAAACCAGAUAAACCAGGUGGACAAAGUUAAGGAAAAAGUAAUCGAUUUGAAGGUGGUGGAUGCAAUACCGAUUCUGAAACCUUCAACUCCUACACCUACCACUGAGAUCGAUCAAAAGCCAACACCAACAACAACACCAUUUUUUGCCUAUAAUGGUAGCCGGUAUAACAUGGGUGACAACUCCUCUGUAUUCAGUUCUCUUCCUAUCUCAGAUCUGGAUCCAAUGGGAAAGAAACGCUUUGUAGCACCUCAUGUGAUCUAUCAGAUAGACAAGCCUCCAGAAAAGCCGUGUUCUGUCACUCACGCUCUCAGCUACUUUCCUGAUGAGGAGAAUGGGGUAACAAACAUCACAGGCCCACCCAAGACUCCUCCUAGCAACGUCACUGUGGUUACUGUGGAAGGAUGUCCCUCAUUCGUUAUAAUUGACUGGGAAAAAACAGACAAUGAGACAACAGAAUAUGAGGUCACUUCCUCUGUUAAAAGUCCAAAUGGACGCGUCGUAUCUGUUGUAAAAACCAAUCAGACACAUACAGCUGUGGAAAACCUGAAACCAGAGAGCAGUUACGAGUUCAAAGUAACGCCUAAGAAUGAGCUUGGUUCAGGACCCUCCAGUGACUCGGUAUCCUUCAGCACUGAGUCGGCGGACCCUCGGGUGAGCGAAGUUCCAACUGGUAAAAAUGCUAUCUGGUCAUCAUUCAAAUUCGAAGCAGACACCUACUCUGAGUGCACUGGAAUGCAAUUUGUGAAACGUACAUGGUAUCGCAAGUUUGUUGGAAUUCAGCUGUGCAACUCAUUGAGAUACAAGAUCUACCUAAGUGAUUCACUAAAAGGAAAGUUUUAUAACAUUGGGGAUGAGACUGGAUAUGGAGAGGAUCAUUGCCAGUUUGUUGAUUCAUUCCUGGAUGGACGAACUGGAGGCCUGCUGCCACAGCACCACUUACCACUCAAACAAGGUUAUUUCCGGGCCAUGCGCCAGGAGCCUGUAAAGUUUGGAAAGAUUGGUGGUAGCACUCAGAUCAACUAUGUAGCCUGGUAUGAGUGUGGAGUCCCCAUUCCUGGAUCAUGGUAGGACCCCUGAAGCUGUCUGAGGAUGUAUCCGAUUAGAAUGUAUUGUGCGAGAGAUGACAAAGCUGACAAUGUAUAAAGAUGUACAGAAAGGGAAAAAAAUAAUAAGAAAAAAAGGUUCUAUUGAGUUUGUGUUAUCUGCAGUAUCUAAUGGCACAUAUAAUGCUUCAUGCUAUUUAUAUGCGGAACAAAUUUAUCUAGACAUUUAGAGAAAUAGCAGAGUUUAUGAAAGGGGUAGCAGGCUCCCUGAAUGUUUAAAACGUGUGUAUUAUUUAUCAAGAGGCUGGGGGUAACGUAUAUAUAGCAAUUUCCUGGCAAUUGGCAAAAAUUAGGGCAUUAAACAAGUGGAAUUUGGUCAUAUUGUGCAACUGGUAAUACACACACUAAAAUGCAAACAUCUGAAAUGGAAUUUAAUAUAUUAAAAAUUAGUUUCAAGACGUUUUUGUGCAAGUUUUACACAAAAUAGAUGUAAAUCAUUCGAUCAGCCGUAUCAUUAAAACUAGCCAGAGGUAAAGUGAGUAACGUUGAUUAUUAUUAUAUAAUGUUGAUAAAUUAGGCAGCAAGUGAACAGUCAGUUCCUGAAGUUAAUGUGUUGGAAGAAGGUAAAAUGGGCAAGCUUACUAGGACCAAACAGUGAUGGCUAGACAACUGGGUCAGAGCAUCUCCAAACCAGCGUUCCCUAAGGAAGAACAACCACCAGUGAACAGGUGAUAGAGUCAUAAGCACCCAAGUCUUGUUCAUGCACUUGGAGAGUGAACGCUAGCCUUCCGAAACAACGGAAGAUCCCACUGUAAACAAACUGCAGAAAAGGUUAAUGCUGGCUAUAAUUCAAAAGGCACCAGAACACAUCGAGCAUCACAGAUUGCUGUGUUUGGGGCUGCGUAGCACCAGGAUGCACUAUGGGAAAAUGGCAAGCUUGCAGGUGCUGUGUGUAGAUGCUCAGGGUACUGUUCUACUGGGAAAUCUUACGUCCUGGCAUUCAUGUAGAUGUUACUUUGACCUGUUCCUCAAACCAUUCCGGAACAGGUCAAAGAGUUCAUGGUAUUGAUUUGGCCUCCCAGAUCUCAGACCGAUCGAUCAUCUGUGGGACGUGCUGGAUGAACAUAUCCGAUUCAUGUAAGCUACACCUCACAACUCACAGGUUAAAGGAUUUGCUCCUAAUGUGUUGGUGCCAGAAACCACUGCACACCUUCAGAGGUCUUGUGGAGUCCAUGCCUCAAUGGGCCAGAGCUGUUUUGAGGUACAAGAAGGAACUACACAGUAUUAAGCAGGUGGUUUUAAUCUCAUGGCUGAUCGGUGUAUAUGGUUAUAUGUGACAUCUGUAAAUUAAACCCUCAUUUGGUUUUGUAGCUUUUGCUAUUAGUUACACAAAAUGAAUGUUGAUUUAUUUGAUCAGUUGCCGACCAUUUAACAUCACGAAUCUAUUGCAAUGUUAACACUAUUUAAAAAGGUGUUUUUGACAAAAUGUUUUUUUUUUUUUUGUGAAUGCUACAAAAUGUAUUACUUUCAUUGCAGAAUUCUUUGUGGUUUUUAUUAGAAGGUGCAAAAUGAAAUAAACAUUUUCCUCUGGA